GACUUUGACUUUGAAAUUGACUGAUCAAUGUGUAGUUUGCAACACUAGCCACAAUGUUAGAAUAUCUAUCUUUAUAUGGCAUGCUGUAAGUUUAGUUUAUUAGUUUUUGUUUAUCCAGUUUAAAAGGUUAUCCAGAAAAUGAUGAAGACAGCCAUUUCAGUGCUUCAGGAGAUGAUGAUAAAGGCUGGAGAGGUUCCUGAAUAUGAGUGUAUAGCGCAGUGUGGACCUCAACACCAAGCGACUUUCGAAUAUCGGUGCAAGAGCAGCGGCUUGACGGUGACGGCUCGCGCUCGCUCCAAGAAGGAAGCGAAACAGGAAGCGGCGAAGCGGAUGCUGGCCGAGAUGUACGCGCGCGGAGAUCCCGUGCCGCCGCCCUACGCCCGCCCGCCGGAGCCGCCCGGCCUCGCCGACGACCCCGUCGAGCCCCCGGGCACCAGAGCGCUGCCUUCCACCUCGAGCGGCGGCGCGGCGGCGAGCGGAUUGUCGGUGGACGCGCGCAGUUACGUCGCGCUGCUGAAGGAGCUGUGCGAACAGUAUCACGCGGGAUUUCCCGCCUACGACGUGGUCGGCGACGCGGGCCCCCCGCACUGCCGGCUCUUCACGGUCGCCGUGAGGCUCGGGAGCCACGAGCGUCGCGCCGCCGCCUCCACGAAGAAGGCCGCCAAGCAGCUCGCCGCCGAGCACCUCUACAAGUACCUGCGGCUGCAUCUCGCCCGCCUCACCGAAGACUUCGUGGAGGAGGAUGCGCUCAAUCGGGCGCACGAGAGAGCCAUGGAGCGCUACGUGGAGGAGACGACUCCGACCUUUCGCCCGCCUCUCGACCAGAAGAUCAGCGAAUACCAUUUAGGUCUGUUGAGGCAUUUAGACGCAGACAAAGUGGUCGAAGGCCGAGAGGAGAUGGCGGCCAUCGCCGAGGACGAAGAUCCCGUCAGUGCGCUGCAGACGCUGUGCGCCAAGCUGGGGCUGGGCGUGGCGAGCGAGAUGGUCGGCGGCCUGAACGUGGUGCGAGUGUCGCCCUCCGCGCCGGAGGUGGCGGUGGCCGCGCAGGGUCCGAAGGAAGCGCACGCCGCCGCCCUGCGCUACGUGCGCCGCGCCCUCGCCCACCGCUCGCCCGACGACACGCUGCUCGGCUGCUAGGCCCGGUUCCUUUCGACGUGUGCCGCGUGACGAGUGAACUUCUCGUCUACCCACAGUACAAAAUAUACUUCUCGGCUUCCACACGCGACUCGGUCUAGCGAGAAGUUUACAGGUGAACCGUUUGCCGUUUGAAGCUGUCAUUUAUCAUUUGAAUCAAUGUAGCCUAUUUACUAAAUCUAUCCUCUAAUUUAUAUAUCUAUUUUACAUUUCAAAUACGAAACGAAGUAAUCGAUUAUAAAUAUUAUUAUUAACAGCGCUAUAACGCGUCUCCAUAACUACGGACGUGUCAGUUGUAUCAAACAUAUUUCAUUAAAUAACCCGUAAAACAAAGAACCGAAUCGUAACAGACUAUUACAUGUUUUCUCAAAUUAUUUUAUACACAACUUGAAGAUUUGUACGUAUAUACGAUGUGUACACAUUCUACUUACUGUGUAGUCCGGAAUUAUGUUUAAACAGUAAAUUAAUCGCAAACCGCUUUUGCUCUUCAGGCUAAUUAGAUAAAUUAUUGUAAUAUACACUUAGUUAUUGUUUAACUAUUACUAAAUACAGAACAACAAUGUUUAUAUCGUCAAAUAGGAAAAAAGAUUUUUUUAUAUGAUUAUAUGUAAGUAUGUGUAUUUGUAAACGUAAUGUACUUAGUAAGCCGUAAUGUUAGUAAUUAUAGAAAUACCUUCUUUUAUAAAAAAAAAAGAUCUUGCUUUUACAACUUUGUUCAAGAUAUAAUAUGAUAAACGACAAACUAUCUCCAAUAGAAAAAUAAAAAUAAUUCAUCGCCUUUUAUUUUAUUACCGUUAAAAGUUCAAGACAUUGACGUCCCCAACAGAAAUGCCAAAACCAUGUGGGUCUUUGGAUAGAUACAUAAUAUAUUCCUAUAAUAAUCAAAAAUCAAAAUAUAGUUUGGUAAUAAUAAUGUGUGAUAUAAUAUAAUUACC